GCCUCUGACUGCUCUCCCACGAUAUUCCACUACUGUCUCGAUGGCCGACCAAACCAAUGACCAUCUCGUCCAGUCUGAUGAUCCGGAUCACCCCGCAAAUCUGAUCCCCCGACUCUGCAAACAGUUCUAUUCCCUCGGAUGGGUCACUGGAACUGGAGGCGGCACAAGUAUCCGCAAGGAUGAACACGUCUACAUCGCCCCAUCCGGUGUACAGAAAGAGCUUAUGAAGCCUGAGAACAUAUUUGUCCUUACAUAUCCGACUCCCAAGUACCCUCCAUCUGCACGACAAUACAUCCGAAAGCCUCUAGAUCUGAAGCCAUCGGCAUGUACGCCGUUGUUCCUGGCAGCGUUUGAACGUGGUGCCGGCUGCUGUAUCCAUACACAUUCCCAAUGGGCUGUUUUGGUCACUCUGCUUGUCGAGAAAUUUCAUGGCAAGGAGGCCUGUUUCGAGAUCAGCGACAUUGAGCAGAUCAAAGGUAUUCCCAAAGGUCCAGGGAAAGGCAUGCUUGGUUUUCAUGACACGUUGCGGAUACCAAUCAUUGAGAAUACUCCUUUUGAGGAGGAUUUAACAGAGAGCUUGGAGAAAGCUAUGGAGCAACACCCGGAUACAUACGCCGUCCUAGUGAGACGACACGGAAUAUACGUUUGGGGCGACAACGUUGCCAAAGCCAAAACGCAAUGCGAGAGUUUGGAUUACCUUUUCCAGCUCGCUGUGGAAAUGCACAAGCUAGGUUUGCCAUGGAUGCUGAGAGGAUGACGGGUGAGCGCAGUGUAAUGGCUGGAUAAUUUGCUGAGUUGGCAUAUUCAACACCCUUGGAGAUAUUGCGAAGGCAUUCCCCAGUUAACUCGCUACGAUGAUAGAUUUUGAUCCAUUAGACUCUUUGGUGGUUGUAACGAAGAAGUGGACGAUGAUAAAUAAUAUCCUGGUUCCACGUGGAUACCAGGUAUCGAAUAGACUACAGAUGGUUCCAAUUCGUCCUUAGGGUUUUGCCACUUUCAGAAGUCCUAGAAGGGAAGUAGGG